CUUGACCGCAAUGGGAGGGUUCAUCUUUGGUUACGACACUGGACAGAUCUCUGGAUUCUUGGAGAUGAGAGUGUUCUUGGAAAGAUUCGGUGAACGUACUCCUGUCACCAAUGAACACCAGUACGGUUACUACUUCACCAACGUCCGCUCAGGGUUGAUAGUCGGCUUGCUAUCGAUUGGAACCUUGAUUGGUUGCUUGAUUGCAGGUCCAUUGGCAAACAAAUAUGGUCGAAAAUGGUGCAUCCCAGCGUGGUGUGGGAUCUUCUCAAUUGGUGUUGUCGCACAAGUUGCAGUAGGAACUGGAGACUGGGUUGGCAUUGUUAUGGGAAGAUGGACAGCAGGUCUUGGUGUCGGUGCUCUCUCCGUCCUGGUACCUCUCUACAUGUCCGAAACGUCCCCGGUCAACGUCCGAGGAGCUGUUGUCGCAUGCUACCAGCUCUUCAUCACCAUUGGUAUCUUCACAGCAGACUGCAUCAACUACGGAACCGAAUCUCGCAACGACACAGGCUCCUACCGUAUCCCCAUGGGCGUAGGAUGGAUCUGGGCCCUCAUCCUCGGUGUCGGAAUCAUCUUCCUACCAGAAUCACCCCGCCACGACUUCAACCACAACAACCCCUCCCGCGCUCGCACCACCAUGUCCAAGUUCUACGGUCUCCCCGAAACACACCCCAUGCUCAACAGCGAAUUCGCAGAAAUCGAGCAAGUAAUGCGCCUCACAGCCGGCAAUCACCCCUGGUACGAAGCCAUCACUGGGCCCCGCAUGUUCUACCGCGUAGCGCUCGCCAUGGCGCUGCAAAUGCUCCAACAACUCACAGGGGCAAACUACUUCUUUUACUACGGGACCUCGAUCUUCCAAGGCGUUGGCAUCGACAACUCGUACGUCACAGCCAUGAUCCUGGGCAGCGUGAACGUCGGAGCAACCUUCUUCGGCGUCUGGAUGGCAAGGCACUUCCGGAGACGAGAGUCACUGUAUAUCGCGGCCCUGUGGCAGUUUAUGUGCUUCAUCGUCUUCGCUUCCGUUGGGCAGUUCAUAUUCAAAGACGCAGAGAUUGGCUCCUCGACCGCGAAAACAGCCGGCACUGUCAUGAUCGUCUUCGCGUGCCUCUUCAUCGUCGGCUUUGCAACGACGUGGGGCCCGCUGGUCUGGGCUUGCAUUGGCGAGAUGUUCCCUUACCGUUACCGCGCCGUGGGAAUGGCGUGCGCUACUUCAGCUAACUGGUUCUGGAACUUCAUGCUUGCGUUCUUCACUCCUUUCAUCACUGGAGACAUCCAAUACGCAUAUGGAUACGUCUUUGCAGGAUGCAAUUUGGCGGCGUUUGUCGUGGUGUUCUUUUUCUUGAUUGAGAGUAGUGGGAAGACGCUGGAGGAGGUCGAUCAGAUGUAUCUUUUGCAUGUGAAGCCGAUUGGCAGUGCGAAGUUUGAGUUUGACGAGGAGACGAGGAAGGGCAUUGGGGCUGUGGGUACGGAUAAGAUGGAUAUUGAGGCGAAGGGAUUGGGAAUCAGGAAGAAGGAGGAGGCGGGCGUGGGGGGUGUUAUGCAGGGUGAGGGGGAGUUCGAGAAUGCUGACUAUUCCGGGUCGAAUCACCCUGUUACUUCCUUGGGGGGCAAUGGCCGUCUAUGAGGAGGAAACUUGGGGCUGUCCGUGUGUAAUGUGAGAUGGAUUUGCAAUUGGAGUUUGAGAUGGUCAGGUAAUGUGCUAUGGCUUGUAAAACUAUUCCCGUUACCUUAUGCCGCGAUCUCCGUAGCGCCGUCUGCCCUG